AUGUCGUUUGCUCAAAGGGAUAGAGAGCCGUUAAGAGACUAUCUCACCCGUUUCAACAACGAGUCAAUCACUAUCCCCAAUCUGCAGCAGGAGGUUGCGGUUCUGGCUUUGAUGAGGGGAAUGCAAGAGUGUGAAUUCAAGAAGUACCUCAGUCGGAAAUCAUACACUAAUCCGGGCGAUGUCCUACACAAGGCAAAUGAGUACAUCAGGGGGGAUGAAAUGAUGAAGAUCUCCAGUAUAGCAAUGGCAACCGGCGGAAGUGCCGGGUACAAUCCAAACUAUAACAACCCUCAGGCGGGAAGAGGAGGAAACAAUUUUCACCAGAAUAAUAAUCAGCAAGGGGCAAGCCAGAAAAACCAGAACAAUAGAAAUGUCAAUCCCCAGGGGCAGAGACCCCGGCAAGAUAGAAGGGAGUCCCGAGGACUCUUUGAUAAUUACACUCCGUUGAACACACCGCGGACGACAAUUUACAACAUAAACAACAAGAUGGGCGGUUGGAGAAGGCCGCCACCAAUUUCGAGUAGGGAAAGAAAUGUCAAAAAAUUCUGCGACUUCCAUAAUGAACACGGCCACCUCACAGAGGACUGCAGAGACCUCAAAGACAACAUUGAGGACAUGGUCAGAAAGGGGUAUUUUUCGCAGUAUAGGGCAAGACAAGGAAACGGUAACAACUCGGAAGGAGGAAACCCUGCCAAUUCAUACCGGCCACAACAACAGCAAAGUCAGCAACAAUAUCCCAGAAUCGAACAACCAUACCAGUCACCCAGAAUUGAGCAAAGACCACCGGAAACCAGUGCCAGGGAAGAACAAAGGGAUAACGGGAAAAAACCACCCGUAUUUGUCAUCUCUGGCGGCCUAGUCCACUGA